GAGAGAGAGAGAGAGAGAGAGAUGGGCGGCAAGAAGAGAGCUGGAAUGAUAGCAGUGAGCAUGGUGGUGGCGGUGGCUUGCAUGGUGACGGUGGCGGCGGCAGUGACAUGUAAUCAGGUGGUAAGUGAUCUGAUGCCGUGCGUGUCAUACGUGGCGCAGGGAGGGGGCGUGCCGGCGAACUGCUGCAACGGAGUGAGAGCACUGAACGGGCAGGCCAGGACAGCGUCGGACCGGCAGGGAGUGUGUCGCUGCCUGAAAGCCGCGCUGAACGGAGUCUCUUACACGGCCUUCAACCUCAACAACGCAGCCUCCCUCCCCUCCAAGUGCGGCGUCCGCCUUCCUUUCGCCAUCAGCCCUUCCACCAGCUGUGACAGCAUCAACUGAUCACGGCAGCUUAGCUUUUAAGCCAAGAACAAGUACUCUAUCUCCUUCAAUAACGGCAUUUCCUUACUUUCUACUAGCCUCUUAUCUAUCCCAUAUUAUGCAAGGUCUAUAUAUGUGUGUGUGUGUGGGGUGUUCUUAUGAUAUAUCUACGGCAUUUGCUUCCGCGGCUGUAAACAUGUGUGUAUUACACUC